CCACUUCCCUCUUAGUUGUUGUUCUACGUAUCUGUCUUUGCAGUUUGUAACACUUGAAAACUGAAAGGGGUAAUGGACGGUGGAGCACACUACAACCCUCGCACCGUCGAAGAGGUUUUCCGAGACUUCAAGGGUCGCAGAACCGCCAUGAUUAAAGCCCUCACCACUGAUGUUGAGGAGUUUUACCGGCAGUGCGAUCCUGAAAAGGAGAAUCUUUGUCUUUAUGGAUUUCCCACCGAGCAAUGGGAAGUUAAUUUGCCUGCUGAAGAAGUUCCUCCUGAACUUCCCGAGCCUGCAUUGGGCAUAAAUUUUGCUAGGGAUGGGAUGCAAGAAAAGGACUGGUUAUCUUUAGUUGCUGUUCACAGUGAUGCAUGGCUACUAUCAGUGGCUUUCUACUUUGGGGCAAGAUUUGGUUUUGAUAAAGCUGACAGGAAGCGCCUGUUCACUAUGAUUAAUGAUCUGCCAACAAUAUUUGAGGUUGUGACUGGAUCUGCAAAGAAACAGGUAAAGGAGAAAUCACCAGUUUCAAACCACAACGACAACAAAUCGAAGUCCAGUUCAAAAGGGCGAGCAUCUGAAUCUGGGAAGUUCUCAAAGCAAGCAAAGGAUGAGGAUGAGGGAUUGGACGAAGAAGAUGAGGAGGAGCAUGGAGAUACCUUGUGCGGCGCAUGUGGGGAGAACUAUGCAUCUGAUGAGUUUUGGAUUUGUUGUGACAUAUGUGAGAAAUGGUUUCAUGGCAAGUGUGUGAAGAUCACUCCUGCCCGAGCCGAGCACAUCAAACAGUAUAAGUGCCCCUCUUGCAGCAAUAAGAGAGCACGGCCUUGAUAUCAUAGGGAUGUGGGUUGGUUCUCACCCCUGUAAAUCUGCUGGACUGCUAACUAGUUAGUUGCUUAGACAUUCUGUUUUGUGCCAUGUUGGUGCGUCGUAGGUAUUCACUAGUUUGGUCAUGUUAACUUAUGUGGAUAAAAGUGUUUUAAUAUUUGAUAGUUUGCAGGGUAUGAACUUCUCUAACCUUUGCCCUGCAUUGGGAUAUAUAUUUUUCUUAGCACCUGAUAACAUAUUUGUGCAGCAGGCUUCAUUUGU